UCUCAUAAGUUGUUCUUCGCCACUUCAACUCCCACUUCUGCAAAGCUUCCUCCUUUCUGCAACUGAAACUAACUUCAGCCAUGGAACAUUUCAGAAGAAUUUUCCAUUUCUCUUGCCUCUCGAUUCUUCUGAUCAUUGACCUCGCCGGAGCUGCGGCGGCGUCUGAAGACCACCGUCUGGUCGAGGUGGUCCCUCCGGUCAGUCUACUCUGUAUCAGCGAGUGUUCAACUUGCCCUGUCAUAUGCUCGCCGCCGCCGCCGCCCACGGCGGCUCUCAAGUCACCUCCGCCCCACUCGCCGCCGCUGGCCUACGUCCCACUCAACGCACCCCCAUCCCCGUCCCCACCUCGGCCAACCCCGUCACCGUCUCCGCCGCCGCCGCCGCCGCCGUCGCCACCGCUGGCGGCUUUAUCUCAUCCUCCACCGCCUCCUGCUUUCAAUUACUACUUUAACUUGCCUCCACCGCCGCCGGUGCUGAUUCCGGUACCUGUGCCGCCGAAGACGGCGGCGCCUCAUGGAAAUACGAAUUCCAAUGCUUAUAAUUACUACUUCUACGCCUCGAAAUCGUCUUCUCUGUCUCUUCCGGCGACGUGGCUUUGUGCUCUGUUUGUCUUCCAAUUCAUGUUUUCUUGCUGGUGAAGUGAAGCUCUGUAAUUUUCAAAGUUUGGCUCCAACAACUCUAAUGGGGUUUAUAAAAUUUGUUUGGCAACUAGAAUUUAGGAACUACCUUGUAAUUUUCUUCGAAGUUUGGAUUUUUAUGCUCAUUGAUCAGAUUUAGUAAUAUGAUUUUCGUUUGUCCAUAAUUAAAGAUUAAAAGAUUGUUUUUUUUUUGGGUUA